GAGAAUGUGAUGUUUGUGCAUUCUGAUGAGAGACCAUUUUCAUGUGAGAUUUGUGCGAAGUCCUUCAAAUGCUCAGGAGAUCUCCAGAGACAUCUGAAGGUUUGUAAUAAUCUUAAAGACCUAGGAUCAAUAUGGAAAGAGUUGGAAUAUUUGAUCUUGACUGGGAUAUUGAAGCAGCAAUAACUGAUGUUAAAGUCGAGUUUACACCAAUAAUUGUUGAAGAAAUUGCUCCAGAAAAUAUGAAUAACACGAGUGUUUGUCCAAAUGAAGCCGAUUUUAGAAUUGGAUAUGACGGUGACCCCUCCAUUUUCAAGGAUGUCGAAAGUUGCUCGGAAUCUAUCCAAGGACCAAAGCAAAAAUUUGGAAGAAUCUCUACAGAAUGUGAAGUUUGUGGAUUUGUUUCAGCUACAAAAUCAUGCUACUGGUCCCAUAAACAAACUCAUUUAGUUGAUAAAGCGUACAAAUGCAAGUAUUGCACAAAAUCGUUUGCAAAAAAGGAAAGUCUUGUCGUGCAUACAUAUAUACAUACUGGAGAAUAUGCUUAUAAAUGCGAUUUCUGCAAUAAACAAUUUAGGAGCAACUGGGGUAGAAAACUUCACAUUUGAAGUCACACUGGAUACAAGCCACAUGUUUGCCAAAUUUGUGGUAGAGCUUUCUCUGCAUCUAGUGAUUUGGGAAAACAUUUACGUUUACAUGCGAAUAUAAAGCGAUAUAAAUGUGAAGUAUGUAAUAAAUCAUUUUCGAAUUUUUAUAAAGUCAAACUUCACAUGUCUGUGCAUUCCAAUGAAAGGCCAUAUGAAUGUAAAGAAUGUGGAAAACAUUAUAAAAAUAAAGAAAACUUGUUAACUCAUUCAAAGGCUCACACAGAUUCAAAAAUAUUCUCAUGCACAAUCUGUCAGAAGUCGUUCGUAAGGAAAAAUCAACUGGUUGCGCACCUAAAAGUACAUUCAAAUGAAAAACCAUUUUCAUGUGAAAUAUGUGGAAAGGAUUUUAAACGAUCAGGAGAUCUUAGGAAACAUGUAAAUACGCAUUUGAAUGAGCGACCUCAAAAAUGUGAUUUAUGUGACAAAACGUACAAAAAAACGUCCCAUCUGAAAGCACAUAUUGAAAUGUAUCAUAUGGGAAUAAGAGAUUUUGAAUGCAAAGUCUGUGAAAAGAAGUUCUUCACAAGUACUCUACUACGUAUACAUAUGAGAAGUCAUUCAAAGGAGAAGCCGUUUUUGUGUCUUGUGUGUAAUAAAUCAUUUACAAGUAAACAUAAUUUAGAAAUCCACCAUAGAAUUCACACAGGUGAAAAACCAUAUGAAUGUAAAGAAUGUGGGAACAAAUUUCGUCAGAAAAGCCAAUUAAACACUCAUAUAAACAACCACAAACUGGAGAAGACCGGCGAAAGACCUUUUAUUUGUACAUGGUGUGGAAAUUCAUAUAAAACAAAGAGCUAUCUGAACACGCAUUCAAAAAUCCAUACAGAUGAAAAACCAUAUUCAUGUGAAAUUUGUGGGAAUACCUUUCGUCUUAAAAGUAAUUUGGAAAUUCAUUUAGGAGUUCACACUGGAGAAAAGCCAUAUAAAUGCACAAACUGUGAAAAAUGCUUCUCACAUUCGAAAACUAUGAAAAAUCAUGUGAUAAAUCAAGUUUGCAUUGAAAAAUAGUGUUUUAUAGCAUCAUGUUAGGUUAGGUUUUCUAUAAACCAUGACCA